GACGCUUUCGAGAUCGAGGCUUCACUGCCUCUCGAGCACUUGGCGGCACCUUCGCCGCAGGCGGCCACCCUGUGCUGUGGUUCAAGCUGGCAGAGGGCACCAAAGGCGAUAUUGAAGCGAUAUCAGCCAAGUACCACGGCAACUUUCAGGCCGGUGCUGACAUCUGGGAAGAUGGCAGAAUACGGGCCGAGCUCGUGGCCAGCGGAAAGCUUUGCUUCGUGUUGGGGUGGAUUCCUGAGGAUCAGGGCGUGAGGCACGACGAGCGACACAUAUUCAUCAACACGUGGCAAGACUGCCGGUGCCUUGCCGUGACCCGUUUGCGCAGCCUCUAUGCCGAAGCUUUGGCUGGACUGGCGGAAUGCUGCUUGAAAG